CAUCCAGACACAUAUAGAGAGAGUUGCAGACUUCAUGAUGACUGUCUUUUGGUGGCUGUCUUCUGCUCAGUCGUGUCGGAGACCGGGGAGAAUUAAUGUCGUCGUUUGAAUUGUCUGCAUGGAAAGUUCCUGAAACCAUCACUCUCUGGAGGUCAAACCCAUGGUUCAUCUGUUGAAGAGGUCAUGUUUUCCAACAAAGCCUCAUAAACUGGUGGAGGAGAAACAAGGAACACUCUAACUGUCCCAUGGAGAGGAAGGCACAUUAUGAUUCUAUUCUGGACCGGAGCAAACGCAUUACGUGGCAGGAUGACUGCUAUGUGGACCUGCAGUCCACGUCCCGGUCGACCUCGACGGCGUCUGAGCCACAAGAUCUUGGCUGGAUGCCAAAGCAUCGAGACCAGUUUCAACGUUUCACCACGGCGUCCUUCCUGGAGGAGAUGUUAACACAUCUGAGAAAUGUGGACGUGCUGAGCUCAGCCGAGGAAGCUAAGAUCAAGGGAGCGGGUCAGCUGCGGGAGCAGAUUCACAUGCUGACGUCCAUCGUCGAUGGGAUGGGCAGUCAGGGCUCGGACAGCCUCCAGGGCUUCAUCGAGAGCGCCGACUCUCCAGCGGCUCAGCUGAUUUUAAACCACGACACCAUGGUGAAGGAGCACAAAGAGGUGUUGCUACAGAGAUUCGAGCAGUACAGAGAAAGAGAUUCGGUCAGCUGCCCCAAACUUAACAUCUCAGCUAGAACUUUACUUCUGGUCGACGGACUUUCUGACCUCCAGCUCAAGGAGCACGACCUGAUGCAGGUGGGGGUGACCCGAGGAGGGAAAAGAAAUCACCUCAGACAGCUGGGCCUGGCAAAGCUGCUGGAGCCCCUGACCCAGGUCAGUUUGUCCCCCAGGGUCUCCCUCACAGUCGGAGUGGCAGGCAUUGGCAAGACGACCUGGGUGCGCCACUUUGUCAGACAGUGGAGCCUGGGGGGCGUCUGCACUGACGUCAGCUUCGUCCUACCCUUCACGUUUUGUGAGCUGAACUCGCUGGAGAAGCUUUCUGCCGAGAGGCUGGUGAAGAUGUCAUUUCCCCAUUUGACGGAUCUCAGUCUAGUCCUCGGCGGCUCCUGCAAAACAUUGCUCAUACUUGAUGGCUUGGAUGAAUUUCACAGCACUUUAAACUUUUCUGACGCGGCUUCGUGCAGCGAUCCAAAGAAGGAAGUGCCAGUUGAUGACCUGAUUACCAACAUCAUCCGAGGGAAUCUGCUCCCCAGUGUAUCCAUUUGGGUGACCUCUCGACCUGGAGUGGCCUCGCUCAUUCCCGGGGGACUGGUUGACCGAGUGACCGAGAUCCCAGGGUUCAGCCCAAAAGACAUCCAGGUCUUCCUGAACCACCACUUCUCAGAGAAGGACUUUGCCGGCAAAAUAUGGGCGCACUUGGAGGCUCACAAGAUUUUGAUGGUGAUGUGCUACAUACCAUGCAUUUGCUGGUUAGUAGCUGACACUUUGUUGUACAUCAUGCAGAGCGGAACACAGGAGGGCCUUCCGAAGACUUGCACGGAACUGUAUGCCCAUUUUUGCUGCAUGAAAGCGGAGGUGGGUGAACCAAGAGGAAGGGAGCCUGUGAAAGUCGAGCAGCUUCAUGGGAGCAAUCGCAAACUGCUGGGGAACCUCGGACGCCUGGCUUUCUACGGUCUCCUCAAACACAAGUACACUUUCACGGAGCAGGACCUCAGGGCCUACGCCAUCGACGUACUCUUGAGCCAAAGCAGUUUUGGAGCUGGAGUUCUUGUUCGAGAGGAGUCAGUUUUACAGACAUCGUACCGGUUCACUCAUCUGACCCUGCAGGAGUUCCUGGCUGCUGUUUACUACUACACCUCCUCCAAACGGGCCAUCUUUGACUUGUUCUCGGAGAGCUCUAUGUCUUGGCCCAAGAUCGGCUUCCAGAACCACUUCAGAAACGCCUUUCAGCACUCGCAGCAAGCUGAAGAUGGCCACUUGGAUGUGUUCGUGCGCUUCCUGGCAGGCUUGCUGUGUCCAACAGCACUCAAACCUCUUGCUGGACUUUUGGCCCUCAGCAAGGAUGAUGGAUACCUCAAGACGUGGGCAGCGGGGUUUUUACAAGGCCUCCUGGUCAGCGGCGGUGCCGUGGUGUCUCUGCGUUCAGUUAACCUGGCUUACUGUUUGCACGAGCUGCAACACACGGAGAUGCUGCGGAGCGUGGAAGAGGACUUGCGGCUCGGGAGCCUCGCGGGAAAGUUGACUCGGCCUCACUGCGUUGUUCUGGGCUACCUUCUGCAUGUUUCUCCGGAGUGCAGCGAACGGAUCAACCUGACAGCUUCUCUCAACUCAACGACAGUGAAGUGUUUGCUCCCGCAGCUGCUGUACUGCAGCCAUCUCAGGUUGGAGAAUAAUCACUUCAAAGAUGAUGUUAUGGAGUUGCUGGGGAGCCUCAUGAGUGCCAAAGAUUGCAAUAUUCAGAAAAUAAGUUUGGCUGACAACGCCAUCAGCAGCAAAGGUGCCAAAGCCCUGAGUCGAGCCCUGUUGGUCAAUCGUACACUGACUUCUCUCAGCCUCCGGAGCAACAACAUCGGUUCCAAAGGUGCAAAAUUCCUGGCAGAAGCUCUGAAAAUGAACCAGUCGAUGAUAUCCAUCAAUCUCCAGAGCAACGCUAUCGAGGAGGAAGGUGCCAAAGCACUGGCAGAAGUCCUGCAGUGCAACCGCAAGCUGGUGUCACUAAAUAUUCGAAAGAAUUCAAUCGGAGCUGGUGGAGCCAAAAGGAUCGCAAAUGCACUGAAGACAAACCGAACUCUCGCAAAGCUGCUGCUUUGCAGCAACCAGCUUGGAGACAAAGGGACCGUCGCCCUGGCGGAAGCGUUAACGUUCAACCACACUCUGCUCUCCCUCCACAGGCUUCAGAGUAACUCAAUCAGCAACAAGGGAAUGACGGCCUUGACCAAAGCUCUCAGGGUGAACCGAGGCCUCGUCUCCUUGAAUCUGAGGGAGAACUCAAUCGGGGUGGAGGGAGCAAAGCACAUGGCCGACGCUCUCCAUGAGAAUAACUCCCUACAAGAACUUGAUCUCACAGCCAACCUGCUUCACGAUGAAGGAAUUCAAGCCAUCGCUGGAGCGAUCAAGUUCAAUCAAGGCCUCGUCUCUCUGCACCUCCAGUGGAAUUUCAUCAAGUCCACAGCCGCUAAAGCUCUGGCCGACGCCCUGCGGUCCAACGUCACGAUGCAGCUGCUGGAUCUACAAGAAAACGCCAUCGGGAAUGACGGGGUCAUCUUUCUAGCAGAAGCUCUGAAAAUCAACAAUUCCCUGCGUUCGCUGUGCCUCCAGGGAGUGUCGGCAGGUACAAGUGGAGCCAUCGCCAUGGCUGAAGCGCUCGUGACCAAUGGAACCCUCCACUCUCUGGACCUUCGCGGGAACGCAGUGGGCAUGGAGGGAGCCAAAGCGCUGGCCAAUGCCUUGAAAAGCAACAGAAGCCUCAAGUCACUGAAUCUGCAGGAGAACUCUUUAGGGAUGGACGGAGCCAUUUUCAUAGCAACAGCCUUGAAGGGAAACCAUCAGCUCACAUACAUAAAUUUGCAGGGAAACGGCAUUGGAGAAUCAGGGGCGAAGGUCAUAUCUGAUGCUAUAAAGUCCAGCGCGCCAACGUGUGUGGUGGAUAUGUAACCAAGGCAAUCUCUGCAGCUCGUCCACAGGUUUACCCGCGCAUGUACAAGUGAAGCAUCAGCUGUAAAAUAGUGUUGAAUAUCUACAUGCAGCAGGUUCUUGAAGUGUCCCGUUUUAUUGCGUUCAUUAAGGCCGGGUGGAGCAGCAGUCUUGUUUCUGUGUUGUCUGUAUAUUUGCUCUGUUGGCACAAUUGCACUGAAUAAAUAGAAAUCUCAUGGCCAAUCGAACCCUCCAGUGAGCCCACAGUCUCACAAGACGAGCAAUCUCUUAAUUUAUGUUACUCAAUUAGAACAAAGUCGACACAUUUUUGUGAUGUAAUUUAGUUACUUUCUCCAAAAACAUUGCUUUAAAAAAUCUUUUAAAAUCUUUGGAAUGUUACUGUUAUUAGUUACAAAGAAAGAAAUGUGCUAAUAUGCCUGAUAAGUGUAUUUCCCACUCCGUGAUUUACUGCAGUGACAGUUAUUUUGUUCAUAUUUUGUGAAUAAAGCUUCAUUUUUUAAUC